CCACUAUCCACGGAGAUUCACGGUCACAAUUUUGUUCACUGUGUUUGUAUUCUGUCCAAAUCACCAACCAAAUCGUUACCAAAAUCGAUACCAACAUGGCGACUUUCACGAGCAUUCCGGAAGGCGAGAAGCCCUUGAUCAGCAUUCACCCAACUAACAAGAUCGCAAAGAUCAACGAGAACAUAUAUGGAGGUUUCACAGAGCAUAUGGGACGCUGCAUUUACGGCGGCAUCUACGAUCCUGGCAAUCCGCUGUCAGACGAGAACGGUUUCCGGAAAGACGUCAUUGAGGCAUUUCAGGAACUGAAAGUGCCUGUGGUCCGUUACCCAGGUGGUAACUUUGUUGCAACUUACGACUGGAGAGAUGGCAUUGGCCCCAGAGACCAGAGGCCUGCGAGGCCAGAACUUGCUUGGAUCGGCACAGAAACCAACGAGUUUGGUACUGACGAGUUCAUGAAAUGGUGUGAAGUCGUUGGUACUGAGCCUUACCUUUGCUUGAACUUUGGUACAGGAACCCUAGCGGAAGCUUUGGGAUGGCUCGAGUACUGCAACUCGGACCGCAACUCAUACUACGCUAACCUGCGCCGCAAGAAUGGUCGUGAGAAGCCUUACAAUGUCAAGUACUGGGCUCUCGGUAAUGAGUGCUGGGGACCAUGGCAGGUCGAGCAGAUGACCAAGGAAGACUACGCAAAGAAGGCAUGGCAAUGGGCCAAGGCUCUGAAGUUACUCGACCCUAGCAUCACCCUUAUCCUCUGCGGUGAGACCGGUUACUCAUCUUGGGAUUACUACGUCCUCAACCAGUGCGUCAAGUGGUCUGUUCAUGGCCUGAGUGGUGACACCACCAAGUCGUUCAUCGACAUGCACAGCAUCCACAUCUACACAGCAGACAACGAGCACCUGCCUAACGCUACUGCACCCAGGGCUGCGGAGCGUGCAAUUCAGAUGACAAGUGCGCUCAUUGACCUUGCCCGCAUUGAGAACAAGGUUCCUGAGACCGUCCCAAGACCCACCAUCUGCUUCGACGAGUGGAAUGUCUGGGAUCCUGUCCGUGCACCUGGUGAGGAGGGUGCUGAGGAGAAGUACACUCUCUCCGACGCCCUUGCUGUUGCCGUCUUCCUGAACGCCUUCAUCCGCCAGGCCAAAGACAUGGGCAUGGCCAACAUUGCACAGUCUGUCAACGUCAUCUCGCCUCUCAUGACCACCAAGGACGGCCUCAUCAAGCAGACCAUCUGGUGGCCGUUGCUUCUCUUCAGCAAGUACAUGCGCGGCCACACCAUCGCUCUGAACGUCAGAUCGCCUGAGUACACUGGCCGCACCAACCCCUACUGGAUCCGUGGAACUAUCGAGACUCCCUACAUCGAUGCCUGCGCUGUUGCUGGUGAGGAUGGCUAUGUCAACUUGGCUGUUACCAAUGUCAGCGAGGACAAAGACUUCGAGGUUGACCUGAGCGGCAUCAAGGCGGAUAAGGUUGAGGUGCACACUGUUACUGGUGAGCAUGUCCAGGUCACUAACACCGCCGAAGACCAGCAGGUUGGUAUCAAGGAGAGCUCAUGGGAUGGUAAGGGUGCUUUCACGUUCCCUAAGCACUCUUUCACUCUGCUCAGGUGGAAGCCU